GUUAACGUCACCGUUUGUGUCCAAACUGACGACAAGACGAGGCAGUCUUGGACUUCAACAUACCAACGACGCCGUCUGAAACGUUCCAUACUACGUAUUUGCAAUACCACUAACGCCUACUCCAAUGCCUCUGAGUUCAACUUCAACUUCAACGACCCAGCCUACUUCAACUUUAACGUACCAACCUCGUCGACUGUGUCAGCGCUGACUUCGAGCAAGAUUUCGACUUCUGCAACGGCAGCCAAAUGCGACGAUGACGAUCGCUUAGCAACCGGCUUCAUUUUCUCAAAAUUCUCUCUUCUCUUAUUCGUCAUUUCCGACUAA